AAGAACCCGGAGGACUUCAACUUCCUCAGCGUGCUCGAAAGGGGUAGAUUCGGCAAGGUCAUUCUGUCCGAACUCAGCGGCACCAAUGAGGCUUACACUCUGAAGAUGAUGAAGAAAGACAGGAUUCUGGCACAUGACAUCGUCAACAUUACUCUUACAGAGAGACGUAUCCUGGUUCUGCCCAGCAAGCACCCCUACCUGACACACCUUUUCUGCAGCUUCCAGACCACUGAGAAUGUCUGCUUCGUUAUGGAGUAUGUGAAUGGAGGUGAUCUUUCACAUCACAUAGCACGCUCACGUGGAUUUGAUGAACACCGCUCCCAAUUUUAUGCUGCUGAGAUCACCUGUGCUCUCAUGUUCCUGCACCACAAUGGGAUCGUUCAUCGAUAUCUCAAACCCGAGAACAUCCUCUUGGAUGCGGAUGGCCACUGCAAGCUUGCAGACUUUGGGUUGUGUAAAGAAACCUUUGAAGAUGUCGAGAUGACAUUCUGUGGCACACCCAACUACAUGGCACCGAAGUUGAUACAGGGACUGAAAUGCAGCACAUCAGUGUAUUGGUGGGCCCUGGGUGUUAUAAUGUUUGAGAUGAUGACGGGCUGCAAGCCGUUUGUUAUUGAAAACCUGUGGAACCUUUUUGAUUCCAUCAAACAUGAUAAACUGAAAUACCCAUCAAAGCUCAGCAGAAAGGCAGUCAGCAUCCUAAAAGCCUUCCUGAAGAAGGACCCCAAGACUCGGCUUGGCUGUGUGAAGUCCCGCCGAGGCUGGGAGGAAGCCAUCAAAGUUCAUCCGUACUUUAAAUCGAUCAACUGGCUGCUGCUGGAACAGAGGAAGGUCACGCCCCCUUUCAAACCAUUAAUUAUAGCAAAGAGGGACGUCGAUAACUUUAACCAUGUUUUCACCUGUGAGGAUCUCAAGCUGUCUCGAGUGAAUAAUGACGUCACGGAUGAGUUCAGCCAAGAGAUGUUUCAGGGCUUCUCCUUCGUUAACAACAUGUAUUAACUGGUGUUAGUGGAAUAUUAAUGACAUCAUUUUGUGGCCAAGGUAAGGUUGUUUUUUUUAAAUAAAUAAAUAAGUUGUAUAUGACAUUAGAGAACGAACUUUAUA